AUGGAAGUAUUUCGAAAUACAUAUUUGGGUAGAAGGAUCUUUCAAGAGAUUAGUACAUUUGGAAAGAAUGAUAGAAAGAUUGAUAUUAUAACAAAUGCAAAUCCAUCCCUUCCAAAUAGACGUCCUAGAUAUAGAUUUAAAGAUUGGCAUAGUGUGUCUGAUAUAUGUGAACAUGGACAUCAUGGAAUACUAUUGGAUUUAUUAAAGAGUGGUAAUAGUAUUGACCUUGUAGAUAUUGAUACUGUCAAGGCGGUAAAAGACUUUUUCGCAACGAUUGGGGCCAAUGAAAUGGCUAUUUAUAUAAUGAGUGAAAUGUAUAUUCUUAGACCUGAAUGGUUCACUGCAUUCAAUGAUGUCAUUCUUCAAGGUGUAUGUAAAGCUGGUGGUACCUUGGAAGUUGUAAAACAUGUCUAUGAAACCUAUCAUCAACCAUAUAUUGAAAAGUUACCUAACCGAUUGGACCCUAUAACUCUCCACAACAACUAUAAUAAGAGAGUAAAUGGUAUUGAUAUUGAAGAUUUUGUUGUACAACAACCACAACAACAAAAGAAGUCUUCGUCAUGGUGGUCUUCAUCAUCUUCAUCAUCUUCUUCAUCCUCUUCAUCAUCCUCAUCUUCUAAAUUGUUAUUAUCAAAUAAUCAAAGAUCAUAUUUGACAGUUGAAGAUGUUCAUACAUCUCUAAUAGAGAAUACAGUUCUUGGAGCAAGACCAGAGGUAUUAGAGUAUCUUGUACAAAGCAAGGGUAUUAAACCAACCAACAUGACUAUGGUUGUUGGCAAUACCAUUUCAAUGUACACUUCCAAAUCAAAGAUGAUUAGAGAGGCGGCUCCACACAUGUUUAACACUAUCAACAAACUAUUUGGUCAAUUGGAUGUUCGUAGAGUCAUCGACUCACCCAACUAUUUUAGUAUCAUUCAUCUCAACAAUCCAGAAUAUGUCACAAACAAAUACAACAAGCUCAUCGCAUUUAAUAUUCUAUUACAAGCUUUCAACUCUCUCAACUUUCAAUCAGUCUAUCAAUUCCUUUUACAUUUUGUAAAUUAUUAUUACACCAACGAAUCAGAUAGAAUAAUCAUUUUAAAUCCAUUAACAAACAAAGAUAAUAAUGAAAAAACAGAUAAUAAUAAUAAUCACAUUUUAAUUUAUAAUAUUUUAAUAUUAUUUAAAUUAACAAUUGGAUUUGAUGAAAAAAAAGAAUUUAUCAUUUCAUUUAUUAGGAAAUGUUUAGAAUUGGAUCAAUCAAUCCAUUUAAUUCCAUUUUAUGUUGCAUUGUCCAAUGAAAGACAUUCGACCAUUGAAAUUGGACAACACAGUGUACCUAGAAUAGGUGAGCCAAUCAACACCAAGGACAACCCACUUUUCAAGAUUGUCGCUGAAUCUUUAUGGGCUAUAUUUACUUAUGCAACCGUUGAUCAAGCAAUCGCAGCUUUGGAUUAUGUUUUGGCAGAAGACCCAACCAAGAUUACAGGUGACAUAUUAUUGGCUUGUUUUUCACGUGCCGACACUAUCGUAGCGCGUGCCAUACUAAGGUCAAGCGAGAAACACAAGAGUUUUGUACCACAGUCACAUACAAAGCAAUGGGCGUCUCCCCAAACACUGGAAAUGAUGCUACUCAUAUUUGGCACGUACAAGACGCUUAGGUGGCUAGCACCCAAUGAUCGCUGGACGGUAGAGAUGUAUCGAUUCGUAUUGGACACUUAUCAAGUGAGUGAAAACCACUACUUGACACCAGGGAUUGUAUCGGGUAUUCUUAUCACUGGCAAUGACAAGUUACUCGACCAUGCAAUAUCGACUAUCCAACCACUACCCGACCGCAUACUAGACUGGGCAUACACCAACGGCUUUUCAUCGACCGUUAUAGACAAACUAAUAUCUCAUGGUGGUUUGAGAUUCAAGCCAGACCCUGCUACAGAGGUAUGCGUUGGUAUGAGUGGAGAUAUUGCUGAAUUUGAAAGGUUGAAUACCAACAAGACCCCAAGCAACUCUUACCCUAUUUCAAUGUUUAGACAAUGUACAUUGUCUGCAUUGGAUGCAGGUAAGUUAGAGUUGUUUGCCUAUCUGGUAGAACACCCCGUUUAUGGAACAAGAUCUCUUUUGGUGUGGACUAAAAAUGUAUCUAAACUUGCCAAUAUUAAAAUCAUUAGAUAUCUCUCUGUCAAACGUCCACAAGAGCUCAAAGACAUGACAUUGGAUCUCAUUGACGCAGUCAUCAAAAAUGGUGAUUACAAAACACUCGAUUAUAUCCUCCAACAAUCACCAACCAAAAACCUACAAAUCCUUAUCAAAGUUUUAAAAGAUACUGACCUCAUUUCAAUUCAUCCAUUAAUGUUUAAUUAUUUACUACCAAAAAAUAUUCAAUUUUAA